UAAUAUGAGAAAUGAAGCCAACAGGUACAGACCCAAGGAUCUUAUCUAUAGCUGCUGAAGUUGCAAAAAGCCCUGAGCAGAAUGUCCCUGUUAUACUGUUGAAGUUAAAAGCCAUUGCUGUGUGGGCUUGGAGCCAGGAGAAGAUGCAGAGGAAUUUUACAAUGAAUUGCUUCCAUCAGCUGCAGAAAAUUUUCUAUUUUUGGGUAGACAAUUACAAACAUGUUUUAUCAAUGCAGCUAAGUGGACACCGUGAAUGACACAUUAUAGAAAUUCAUAUCUUCCUCUGAAGACUUGAGAGCAGUUAAAUUCUGGCAGGUCAAUUGUUCCUGUGGAGUUUUGGUUUUAGCCUUUCUAUGGAGAGGUUUAUUUCAGUUUUGCUGUUAGAGUAUUGCCCUUAGUCCUGGUUCACAGUCCUUAUACCUAAGGUGGGAUCCUUAUGUGGUUUAAAUGGAAAGCCCACCUUGUUAACCCAGACCAUCUGACCUGGAAGAACCUAGACUCCAAACUCUGUAUACCCAGCACUAGGCAAAUGAUGAAAUUGCUGGUAAUUGCUGCAACUUCUUAUUUGAACUCUUUUCACUGUGUUAAUAAACGCACACCGGGAAAAGCCAGGCAUAUUAGUCGGAUUUCUCCAGAAAAACAGAACCAAUAGAAGAUAUAUGGAGAGAGAGAAAGAAAGAGAAAGUGCUUGAUUAUAAGGAAUUGGCAAUUAUGGAGGCUAACAAGUCCUGAGAUUUGCAGUUGGUAAGCUGGAGACCCAGGAGAGCUGAUGGCCUAGUCUGAGUUUAAAGGCCUUAGAAUCUGGAGAACUGAUAGCGUAGUGCCAGUCCAAAUGCCAGCAGGCUCAAGAUCCAUGAAGAAGCAGUGUUUCAGUUUGACUCUAAAGUCAGGAAAAAAUGAUGUCCCAACUCAAGGGCAGUCAGGCAAGAAGAAUUUCCCUUUAUGUAGGAGAGGUUCAAUCUUUUGUUCUACUCAAGCCUUCAACUGAUUGUAUGAGGCCCACCCACAUUAAGGCUGAAGAAAAAGAUGAAUUACUACACUUUUUCCAAAUUGUGACUGAUUCUCUCUUCUGGCUUUUGGGAGGCCAUGUUGAACUUAUUCAGAAUGUACUACAAAGUGAUCAUUUCUUACAUUUACUGCAAGCUGACAAUGUCCAAAUAGGAUCUGCAGUCAUGAUGAUGCUACAGAAUAUACUACAGAUCAACAGAAUAACUAUUUCUUGCCGUUACUACAAACUGAUAGAUUCUGCAGUCAUGACUAUGCUACAAAACAUACUACGAUUCAACAGUGGUGAUUUACUCAGAAUAGGAAGAAAAGCCCUGUAUUCAAUUUUAGAUGAAGUUAUUUUCAAGCUUUUUUCAACUCCUAGUCCAGUCAUAAGAAGUACUGCUACAAAACUCCUACUGUUGAUGGCUGAAUCCCAUCAGGAAAUUUUGAUUUUACUGAGACAAAGUACCUGCUACAAAGGACUCAGAAGUCUACUAAGUAAACAGGAAACUGGGACCGAAUUCAGUCAAGAACUUAGACAGCUCGUUGGCCUUUUAAGCCCAACGGUCUGUCAGGAAGUAGAAGAGCAGAAACUACAUCAAGCAGCAUGCUUAAUUCAAGCCUAUUGGAAGGGUUUUCAGACAAGGAAGAGAUUAAAGAAGCUUCCAUCUGCUGUGAUUGCUUUGCAGAGGAGUUUCAGAUCUAAACGAAUAAAGAUGUUGCUGGAGAUAAAUAGGCAGAAGGAAGAGGAGGACCUCAAAUUACGAUUGCAGCUUCAAAGACAGAGAGCCAUGAGACUUUCUCGAGAAUUGCGACUGAGUAUGCUCGAAAUAGUUCAUCCAGGUCAGGUGGAGAAACACUAUCGGGAAAUGGAAGAGAAAUCAGCAUUGAUUAUCCAGAAACAUUGGAGAGGGUACAGGGAAAGGAAAAAUUUUCACCAACAGAGGCAGUCUCUCACAGAGUAUAAAGCAGCUGUCACACUUCAAAGAGCAGCACUUAAAUUCCUAGCAAAGUGCCAUAAGAAAAAGAAACUAUUUGCUUCUUGGCGAGGACUCCAAGAACUCACUGAUGCACGCCGAGUUGAACUGAAGCAACAAGUGGAUGACUAUGUCAGAAGACAUUUGGGCUCUCCAAUGUCAGAUGUGGUCAGUAGGGAACUCCAUGCCCAAGCUCAAGAACGACUGCAACACUACUUCAUGGGCAGGGCCGUGGAAGAGCGAGCCCAGCAGCACAGAGAAGCUCUGAUGGCACAGAUCAGCACCAAUGUUGAACAGCUAAUGAAGGCACCAAGUCUAAAGGAGGCAGAAGGCAAAGAACCUGAGCUCUUCCUAAGUAGAUCCAGGCCUGUGGCAGCCAAGGCCAAGCAGGCCCAUCUCACAACCCUGAAGCACAUACAAGCACCCUGGUGGAAGAAGCUUGGGGAAGAAUCUGGAGAUGAGAUUGAUGUUCCAAAGGAUGAGCUUAGUGUAGAAUUAGAAACUUUAUUCAUUGGUGGAACCAAACCACCUUAGUGAGUUACCCUAAGAAUUGACACAAAUCUCAUAUUUUAGGAGAUUAUAUUGGUUCUACCUCUGGCAUGCUAGUAGACUAGGGCCAUCCUAACUUCUUAUUUUCCAGAGGUGACAAGACCUGCAGUAAGCAAAGAGUUAUCUUCUACCUCUCUCUCAAUUUUCUUUUUCUUUUCUCUGUAUCCUCAUCCUUGGCCACAGACAGAUUUGUGUGGCUUUUAUUGUAGAACUAAACUUAGCAUAGUGUUCUGUUGUUUACAUGAAGUGUGUUUUUCUUUGGUUUCUGCUGUUUUCCAACUAAAGAUUUUUUUCUAAAUAAAGAUUUUCAACAAUUGAUUUGAAAAAUUUGUCAGGAUUAUUUCAACUUUCCACAUUUGUUAUCUGGAAUUCCUAUUUCCUAUUAACAUAGGAGGUGUGUGCAGAGUUUAUUAAUGUGAGGAAAAGAAAUGCUCAAUUGAAGAACAUUUCCCUAUUUUCUAUAAAGCAGUGGUUGAACUCAUUUUCUAUUUUGUUAUUUCUAAAAGGAACUACCUACCAAAAAAAUGCAUUCUUUCUAUUAAACUAUGAGAACUA